UAGAGAGUCAGGAGGAGACGAACAAACCUGGCGGCUGUUGAAGAGCCUGUGAACGGCUAAAUCACUCACAACUGGCCCGCUGUUUGGUCUCAGUGGAAGUGUUUCCCCUCUUGUAAUAAUCGGACGCCUUCAUAUGUCGCUCAGUGAAAGAACAGAGUCAAAGGGUCGACCAACAGAGCAGCUAACGUUAGCGGUGUUUUACUAGCCUGCUAACAUCACACCAGCUUGGCUUGUGGAGGCUAGUUAGCUCCUCUGGCUAACGUGCUAGCUGCUGUUAGUUAGGUGCAAACACUUGACUUGCUGCUGGUGGGAAGAAGGAGCGUUUAACCUCAUCGUUAGCUUCAUCAAGCUCCAAAGGAUAUAUCUUGGUUUGGAUACACGACCUAAAGGAAUCAGCGGAGAGGCCUGCUGUCUUUGUUCAACACUACGUUUCUAAGCCUCCCACCUUCCACCUUCAGUGCCCCUGGCUCAGUAUCACUUCAAAGGGGAAGGUGUGCGGUGCUGCAGAUACCCCCAAGCUCCAGCUUUUCCAGAGCCCCUACGCAGUCCUUCGACUGACAGAAAGAAUCAACCCUUAGAGUCGGACCUGGUGUGGAGAAGACCAAUUGUGGCCUGAACAAAGACGGACAGAGAGAACUAAUGCCAAGGCCUUCUCCUCCUCAGACAGCCUAGCGAAGGUCCAGGAGGUAGCAAGCUGGCUUUUGGAAAUGAACCAGGAUCUGCUGUCGGGGGGCAGCAGCAGCAGGCGGAGUCGGGGGCCGGGGGGUCCGGCAGUCCGAGGUAACGCCUCCUCCACGGCCCGGGCACCCCAGCAGGCAGCAGAGGAGGGUGAUGAGGAUGAGCACAUGAACCGGGUAGUAGAGGAGGAAGAGCAGCUGCAGCAAAGGGCUGAGGCGUCGCAGGUUGAUGGCGAGAGAGAACAACCGUGGGAGCCAACUGAAUCGGGAGCCAGCAACGGCCCUCGGGGAGACGAGGAAGGGGAAGAAGACGAGGAGGGCCCUCCGAACGAAGUGAACGGAGAAGAGAAAGGAGCCCGAUGGAUGUGGGGGGCAGAGCAGAGGCGACUACGAGGCCAGCCGCUGGCCGAAGAGGAGGAGGAGGAGGAGGAAGAGGAGGAGAACAACAACAGCAGCAGUCACCAAGAGGAGGAGGAGGAGAGGACAGAGGGAGGGGAGGAGCAGGGCAGGGAGGAAGAGGAAGAGGAGGAGGAGGAGGAGGACGAAGAAGAGAUGGACCAAGACAGUGAUGACUUUGAACAUUCGGCGGAGAGUGGUAGGGAGGAGGAAGAGGAGGAGGAAGGAGAAGGGGAGGACGGGCUGCGGUCUCCCUCUCUCAGGAACAAUGUGUCUACCCCCAAUAACAACCUGGACUCGGGUUGCACACUCCAAAGCUCUUCCAACAAGAAGAUGAAGAGAAAGUUGGACCAUGGCCCCGAGGUCCGAUCUUUCCCUUCAGGAAAAAAGCCCUGCAAAGGCCCCGAAUAUCCAAGUCCGACAGGAAUCGUCCCGUGUCCGGCCACACCCACCACAUUUGGCCACAUCAGAACCAAUGGUCAGGGGCAGCAGAGACGGCGCAUCACCUCAAUCCAGCCUCCCACGGGUCUCCAAGAAUGGCUCCGGACAUUUCAGAGCUGGACCGGCCCAGAGAAGCUGCUGGCGCUGGAUGAGUUGAUUGACAGCUGCGAGCCCACACAAGUCAAGCAUAUGAUGCAGGUGAUCGAGCCGCAGUUUCAGCGAGACUUCAUCUCCCUGCUGCCCAAAGAGCUGGCUUUGUAUGUGCUGUCAUUCCUGGAACCGAAGGACCUCCUCCAAGCGGCCCAGACGUGUCGCUACUGGCGCAUCCUGGCAGAAGACAACCUGCUGUGGAGGGAGAAAUGCAGGGAGGAAGGCAUCGAUGAGCCUCUGCCCCUCAAGAAGAGGAAAAUCGUCAAGCCUGGCUUCACUCACAGCCCCUGGAAGAGUGCCUACAUCAGGCAGCACAGAAUAGACACCAACUGGAGGAGAGGAGACCUCAAAUCACCCAAGGUGCUGAAAGGUCAUGACGACCAUGUGAUCACCUGCCUCCAGUUCUGUGGCAACCGCAUCGUCAGCGGCUCGGACGACAACACGCUUAAAGUGUGGUCGGCCAUCACAGGAAAGUGUCUGCGCACGUUGGUGGGCCACACGGGGGGCGUGUGGUCAUCCCAGAUGCGAGACAACAUUAUUAUCAGCGGCUCCACUGAUCGCACACUCAAGGUCUGGAACGCAGAGACAGGAGAAUGUAUCCACACCCUCUAUGGGCAUACCUCAACAGUGCGCUGCAUGCACCUACAUGAGAAAAGGGUGGUCAGUGGCUCUCGUGACGCCACGCUGCGCGUCUGGGACAUUGAGACGGGUCAGUGUUUACACGUCCUCAUGGGCCACGUGGCGGCUGUGCGCUGCGUCCAGUACGACGGGAGGCGGGUAGUCAGCGGUGCCUACGACUUCAUGGUCAAAGUGUGGGACCCCGAGACGGAGACCUGCCUCCACACGCUGCAGGGCCACACCAACAGAGUGUACUCAUUACAGUUUGAUGGGAUCCACGUGGUGAGCGGCUCAUUGGACACGUCUAUAAGGGUCUGGGAUGUGGAGACGGGCAACUGCAUCCACACGCUGACGGGGCAUCAGUCCCUCACCAGCGGCAUGGAGCUCAAAGACAACAUCCUGGUCUCAGGCAACGCAGACUCCACUGUCAAGAUCUGGGACAUCAAGACGGGCCAGUGCCUGCAGACACUGCAAGGUCCCCACAAGCACCAGAGCGCCGUGACGUGCCUCCAGUUCAACAAGAACUUUGUCAUCACCAGCUCGGACGAUGGCACGGUUAAACUGUGGGACCUGAAGACGGGCGAGUUCAUCCGAAACCUGGUGACUCUGGAGAGCGGCGGCAGCGGCGGUGUGGUGUGGCGCAUCCGGGCCUCAAACACCAAGCUGGUGUGCGCGGUGGGCAGCCGCAACGGCACAGAGGAGACCAAGCUGCUGGUGCUGGACUUUGACGUGGACAUGAAGUGAGAAGGGACGUGGUGGGGAAGGACGAAGAGAGCGAACCCGCCGAGAGGAAGGAGUAGAGAGGGAAUGGGAGAUGAGGAAGCGGAGGGCCGAAGCCCAGAACUCUUCACCCAAACUCGCAAAAUCUACAACCACCACUGCUGACAGUGGGCUGUCCUGUCCUCCACCAUCAUCUCCCCGUCCCCCUCUGGGCAAAUGUUACUGACGGAGCCACUGACCCCUCGCACGUGUUCAGCCCCCGCUUUCCACCCCCUACCACCAGUACGAGGUGGAGUCGGAGGGGAUCGGGCUGGAAGCGGGGUGGACCGGUCUGUCCCUCGAUUUGUCUGGGAGAACGAAGAAAGGAACGACUGACGACUGAACUCUUUUGAAGUGACUCUCAACCCUUUCGGUUCGGGGUCCGCUUCGCACAGAGACUUGGUUUCGCUCAAGCCUGACAGAUUUUGAGAUGUACAGAGAUAUAUUAUUUUUUAAAGACCCCCCCCCCCCCCCCCCCCCCACCACACACACACACACACACCCUUCCUCCCCUUCCCAUCAGUGCGCGCCCACACACACACACACACACGCAUACACUCAAAACGGCCAACCGGAACACAUUGAAAGUAAAAUGUGCACAGUUACACCUGAAGAGCUUGUAGAGGCUUCGGCCUUUUCUUGUCACUCCAAUUCCGUUCUUAUUGUUGUCCACAAGGUUUCUGUAGUUUACUUUACAGUAUCGCACACAAACACAACUGUGAAUUUCAAUACGCUCUCUUGGUUCAUCAUAUGAAAGGGGUUUCUCUCAUGUUGUUUUUUUUCUUCUGUCUUCGCGGUUGCCAACAGCAACAGAUCCCAGUAUUAGAAACCUGCUCUGUUUAGGUUUUGCUGUCAUUAUGUCACAAGGUUAAUUUGUCUUUGUCUUUUUAUUUGAGUUGUUUGUUCUUCCUUUCUGUUUUCUAAACACCUGGGUUUGGAGCUCUGCCUCCACAUAAACAUCAACGCUGUCCAGAAAUCUUUUCAGAGUCUAGCCGGGGUGUUUCCCACAAUGCCAGCGCUGUGACGAGAGGAAGUAAUGCUCUAAGCGCUGUGGAUUCUUGCCCCUGCACCCCCCGAGCCCCUUCCCUCUCUACUGUUUUCUCCCAGUGGCCAAACUGUAUUUAUGCUGCUAGAUGAAUGGAAAAAAAGAGAGAUGGAACUUUUACUUGCUGUGACGUUUUAGUCCCAGGCAAAAUUCCAAAUUGAACUCUAUAUGUUUGGACUUAAAGAAACAAAAGAUCACAAAAGUUAACAUCCAACAUUUUUGUUUUAUUUUGUUUGUUUUUGCCACUUGAGCCAAACGUGCCUCUACGAGGCUGAGAGGAGGGAGCGUGUCCGACAGAUCCUGACGGGAUCGCCUGCAGAGAGGAAACAAGGGGAUGUGCACUGUUGGUGUGCGUCUGUGUGCGUGCAUGAGUGCGUGUGUUAAUGGGCAACUUGUAAACACAUUCCUUGGGACAACGCUCUUUCAGCCUGUUCUUUGGGGAAAUGUACAAAUGCUGUGUGGACUGGCAAAGAAAAAAAAUUGCAGAUGUAUUGAUUUUAACACGUGAAUGAAAGAACUGUCCGUAUCCGUGUGUGAUUGUUGUUCCAUUCAAAGAUGUCGGAAGCAACAGAGGAGACCAUCACAAGCAUCGACUUGACAGGUCGAGCUGCCAGGAGUCUAAGUGUUACAUGUGUUGCAGUUAAAAUCAUCGGGGCGGCGCUCGCAGCCUCGAGGAUUGUCAGUGGGGAAAAAUAAAAACACAAAAGGCAACAAACGUGAACAGAAACAUUGUAGCCAAACGAAAAAUUGUCUCAAUCUCCAAGAGUCACAACUCGAGCUGAACUGUGAAAGUGGUAUAACACUGUAUAUUAAAAAAGAAAACAAUCUUGCUCUAUCUCCUCUCGUUGUUUUCUCCCUGUUUUAAUUUAUGAUCUGGUUUGAGAAAUCAGAUUUGUUGCAGGUGUUUUAUUUUUUCAGUUCAUGUAAACUGCCUGGCAAAAAAAGAAAACAGACAGAAAAAACCUUAAAGGGAUUGUGUAUUUGUUUGAUUCACUUAGAAUUUUAUUUUCUUAUAACUUAAGUGCAAUAAAAUGUGGGUUUUUCUUUUUUCAUUUCAAGCAUAUCAGUUGUCUGUUUUUGUUACCUGUGUGAAGGCAUCUUAUAUGUUCAAUAAAGCAAAUUAUUUGGUUAAUUA